AACGCGCGAAGCGCAACGUUCGUUACCAAGUGCUCCGUCGUCCAAUUCGCGAUUUCACAAUAAAUCGCAUAUACACAAACCGGAGAUUAUCCAAGGAACUUUGUUCAGUCUUUAUUUUUUUCCGAUCUUAUCACGAAAUAAUAAUAAAUUGAUCGUAGAUCUGUCCACUGAGCCAGUGCCUGUAACCCCUAACUUUUAUUUUCAAUAAAACCGUCGGUCAUGGCAUUGCAACGUGUAUUGUUCCUGUCAAAACCAUUGGUGAAUGGAAUAUUCAAAGUGCUCUCGUAUUUUCUCCCACAGUAUUCAAGGACGACAACUGAUGCCGAUGAAUACAUCCAACAAAGCAGUCUUCCAACCAUGUACUUUCAGGACUCAUUGCCGCGAUUGCCCAUUCCGAAAUUGAAGGACUCGUGUGAAAAAUAUUUGAAGGCACAAGAGCCUAUUCUAUCGCCAGAAGAAUUCGCGGAAACGUCGAAAAAUGUUAAGGAAUUUUUAGAAAAGGAAGGACCAGUGCUGCACGCAAAACUUUUAGAAAUUGAUGACAAUAUCAAACACACGAGUUACAUCAGUGAGCCAUGGUUUGACAUGUAUCUGAGAGAUCGUAAACCACUGCCGAUUAAUUAUAAUCCGUACAUGGUAUUUUAUCAGAACAAAAACGAACGGUACAAUAUACCUUUGGUGAAAGCCACGAAUAUGGUGUUGUCUUCAGCCAGAUUCAUUAAAACAUUGAGGGCGGAACGUCUUGAGCCGGAGGUCUUUCAUAUGAAUAAGAAAAAAUCGGAUACCAAACUAUUCCGAUUUUUUACUGGACUUUUACCAUCAAAAUUUGCGACUUAUGGUGCAUACCUGUUCAAGGCAUUUCCCCUCGAUAUGUCGCAGUUCAAGCAUCUCUUUGGGACGUCAAGAAUUCCGGAAAUGGAAAAGGACAGAAUUUACAAUGAUCCAAGUGCAAGGCAUGUGUUGGUAAUGCGAAGAGGUUAUUUUUACACAUUCGAUAUUAUAAAUGAAGACGGUAGAAUUCGUUCUGCCUACGAGACUGCAUCCUGUUUGAAUUCGAUAUUGAAUGAUUCUCGAGCGUCUAAUCCAUAUCCAAUUGGAGUAUUGACUACUACAGAGCGUAAUCAAUGGGCCUCUAAUCGUCAGCACUUGGUAAAUCUCGAUAAUGAGAGAGUCUUCAAGAGAAUAGACUCUGCAGCGUUCCUCCUAGCCCUCGACGACGAUCUGAUGGAUGGAGACGUCAAUGUGGUGUUGAAAAAUUUUUUACACUCUGAUGGAAGUAAUCGCUGGUUUGAUAAAUCAUUCACAUUGAUUGUAACUGGAAAGGGAUGGACUGGAAUUAAUUUCGAGCAUUCCUGGGGCGAUGGAAUAGCUGUUCUCCGAUUCUGUGAUAAUAUUAUAAACGAUGUAAAUAAGCAGCCUCGCUUCCACCCGGACGAUCAAGCCGAUUUACCGCUGUCCUGUACCGAAGUGGAAAAACUCGAGUUCAAGAUUGAUGAUGUCAUAAAAAAAACUGUGAAUAUUGCAUCGACGGAGUACGACCACUGGACCCAGGAUCGUCUGUCGGUUGAUUACAUUCUUUGCGAUACAUUCAAUAAGAAAAUGUGCAAAAAUGCCGGUGUGAGUCCCGAUGCAAUUAUGCAAUUAUCAUUUCAAUUAGGUCUUUACAAACUUGAAAAACGCGCAGUCGCAACGUACGAGUCAUGCAGUACAGCAGCUUUUAAACACGGGCGUACUGAGACCAUAAGGUCAUGCACGAAUGAAACUACAGCCUUGUGCAAAAACAUCGUGGAGAAUGGAAUGUCUCAAGAUAAUGCUAGAAAGUACAAGAAGUUGUUGAUUGAGUGCAGCAAAGCUCAUGCAGCUCUGACCAAAGAGGCGGCAAUGGGUCAGGGUUUUGACAGACAUUUGUUCAUGCUGAGACGAAUUUCCAUGGAGAAUGAUUCGCUCGGCAAAAAUACUCCAGCUAUGUUCAAAGAUCCAGCAUUUCACAAACUGAAUUGUAAUAUUCUGUCCACUUCUACAUUGUCAACGAGUAUUAUUAUGGGCGGAGGUUUUGGUCCUACUGCGGAGCAAGGCUAUGGCAUCGGAUAUAUUCUCGAUGACACUGACAUACCAAUUCGAUUAGGUGUUGCCAGCUACAAAGAAAAUCGAGAUGCCUCGGAAUACGUUCAGGCUCUUAGAUCUGCGUUUCAAGAUAUACGUGAAAUUUUACUCAGCAAUUAAAUUUUAGAAAGCCUGAUUAUAAUAAAAUAGUCGAGUGUAUAUUUGAAUUAACAAAGGUGAAUAAACGAUAAAAACAAAAUUAA